AUGGCAUCCUUGUUGAACACGCCGCCAUCAUAUCAGAGCUGCGAGCUUAGACCGACCGGGUACGAGGAAGAGAAGUCUCAAAAGAACCAAGUCUACUUCAAUGGCGAAGUGCCCAUCGAAGCGACAAAGAACAGCAGUGACGCGGAAGCUGAACUACAUGAAACUGCCUCUGUGGGCUGUUCUUCGGAUCGAUCUGAGUCGUCCAAGGAGGGACGUUUCUACAAUUGGAGGCUGUACUUUCCUGCUACCAAGAACUUGUGGCACUAUCUCCGUUGGCUCGUGGUGGGAGGAUCCUUCUUUGCCGAUCCUCAGUCAGACGAGGACAUGAAUGAGUCCUUGGCCGGACUAGCACGAUGUCUUAUUCUAUUGCGUCGAUAUUUGGAAAUCUUUGGCAUGCCCGAGAAGGGAGGAAUUCGCGAUCAGGAGUUUGUCUUGCGAGAGAUUGUCAGAGACUUGUAUGCCGGUGGAGCUCCACUAUGGUCUUUGGCUCCGGUAAUGCAGAAAACAGCGGAAGGGCUUACGGGCCAGCCACAUGUGAACUGGAUGCUCUUUCCACGGAAAGCUUUUGUGUACAGUCCAGCUGCUGGAACUACCAGCAUGUUCCAGAUUGACCGUGGCUUCAACAUUCGCAAAAUGGAUGCCAUGGAGAAGGUCGCUGUGAGACUGGCUACCUUUGCUAGUAACGUGGAAGCCGUGAGCAACGUCCCAGCUCGUUUCCCUCACCCCCGUCAGUUUCUCCGGGCAGCUCGAGGUGAGAGCGUUCGGUCAUUUGGAUUGACUGAAGACCCCUUGGUCCUGGCCAGGAAGAUUCUACGCCUUGCCAGCAAGAAUCAAGGACUGUUCUACUAUGUCAACUCUCGAGAGUAUGGAGGAAACAACCAAAUCAGUCUAGACGAAGAUGACGAUGGCUUGGCUGCAGCGCCACAGCGCCCGAAUAUGUUGAAAGACUUUUGGGUCGUGACGGAGGAAGAGCGAGAGCUCUUCUCGCGCUUGGCGUGCAUGGAGGCAAUGAGAAAAAUGGAUGUCAUUGACAAGGAAGAGGAAGAUCCCUCCAACAAGACGAAUCCUUGGUUGAUUGUUGCCUACAGAGUCUUUGCGUCAGCUGGCGCGUGCGCCUUUUGGUUCAAUGGCUCUUGGUUUGACAUGAUGGUGGCUGGAUUUCUGGCCGUGUUGGUGGCAUCCAUUGGUACUUCGUCCGUGUUAUCCAAACAGGAGCGUCUCAUCUACGAGGUCAUUGCCAGUUUCGUAGUGGGCUUGUCGGCUGGUUUGAUUGCCUUGAUAUGGCCAGACCACACCUGCUUUGCAUCCAUGGCAGUCGCUGGUGUCUUGGACCUUCUGCAGGGCUUUCGAGUCAUCUUUAGUAUCAUUGAGCUUAUGAGCAAGCACACUGUGGCUGGUGGUGCUGAUUUGCUCGAGGGAAUUCUCUUCACCGGUCUGAUUGCCUACUUUCUUCGGUUUGGUCAGUACAUGGCAGCCUCCAUCAUGGGCGACCCGGAGAAUAUCAAGUUUGAAGCUUGCACACAUGGGAUUGACCAGUUGUGGUACUUGCUCUUUGUCCCCUUGGCUGCGCUCUCGUGGUCUGGCCUCUUCAAUCCACUUCCUCGGGAUCUGUUGCCCAUGGCACUACACGGAGUGUUGGCUUAUGGAACCAACUAUGGUCUCUCCAAAGUCGGUGCCAGCAACGAACUCAACAACUUUGUCUCGGCUUCGCUGGUUUCAUUCAGUGCUGGUUUGGUCUCUCGAUUCACGGGGCGUCAAGCUGUUGGCAACACGGUAGCUGGGCUGUAUGUACUUGUGCCUGGUGCCUACUUGGUGACUUCGUUGUAUUCGACAACCAUUGACGGGAGCUUCUUUAGCGACAUCAUCAUAAGGGCCAUCAUUAUCGGUAUUGGUGGUUGGACAGGUACCAUUCUGUGUAGCCCCACGCUUCUCGGAACCACUCGUGGUCUCAUGUGGCAACAACCAGGAAAGAACAAAUCAAACGACCUGCGCCAUGGUCCCAGCAGUGGCAGUGACAGACGACAACACCGUAGACAGGAAACCGCUCAAGCUGUCACCAUGCUCUACUUCUAA